AUGGAAGCAGUGACUGAAGCACACCCAGACCGAAAGGUUAAGGAUGCUGCCGUACCUAGUCGAGCAACAGCAUCGCUCAAAGUAAAGCGCAUGGCCAGCAUCCCUGAGGAACCGAACGAGAUGCCUAAAUUUCGAGUUGAAGUAAAGGCUAAGGCUCGCCAAAGCGAAAGUGACUCAGAACCUGAGGAUGACCCACCUUGUCUCGGUAACUGCGACCUCGAGGCACAAGGACAGUCUGAGCAGGUGCUAGAGUACGUCGCCAAGAUACGGGAAGCAAUUGUGCUGCAGGGACUACGGGUGCAAUGUGAAGAAGAGACGUUGGACGAGGCAGAAAGCGAAGUGACAAAGACAGAGCUUCACGAGGAGAAGUUCAGGAGCGGAACUACGGAAAACAAGAAGCGUGAAAGUGGCCUUUUCACUAUGUCUGCGAAGACGAAAGAUGCUCUGAAUGGAUUGAAGGCUAAACGACAGAGUGUCUUUGGUGAUGUGGAAGCGAUGACGAGGCAUGCGGUCUCUGCGUUCAAGGUAGGAUCCAAAGAGAGCACACCAUUCGAAACCCCCAAUAGUGAUAUCGCAAGGUCAAAAGUCAGAUCUGCCGGGACCAGAAUAUCUCGAGCGCUUUCUGCUCGUCAGGGUGUCACGAGCAUGCAAGACACCACGCCACUAAAGCCCCAGACGACACGAACGGCAGUUGUCACUGCCGCGCCGCCAUCACCGGACUCGCGCUGUGAGAAGGAUGAUGAUAAAGAGACACACCUCAUCCAAUUCGACAUCAACAGCCUAUCUGAAACUGAUACUGACGAUGGUGAAGACACGGCGCUCCUAUCUUCACAGAACCUAUCGUCGAAACCAGGAAUAGCGAGGUCGAGGUCGAGGUCGAGGUCAAACGCACAGAGUGGGAAGAGAUACCGCUUGCCGACGCCAUACAGAUAUCGAAGCAGAGAAAGCCGUCACGUUGAGAUGUCUAGGAGAGUCCGUAAAGGACUGGGCGCGGCUCGGGGGGUCGUGGCUGAUGUUAAAGUCGCAGCUAAGAACGUCUUGAGCGUCUAUCGCAAAGUUGGGGGAUGGUCGAAGUUGUGA